GUUUUGUGGAAUAUAAAUGCAUUCAUUUGGAAGAUGUUUUUAUCCAAAACCAAUUAUAAGUCUACAGCCUUUUCAGGUUACAUAAAAAUAAACUACUCUUUUUUUCCCCCAAUGGCAAGUGAAAACGUCCCGAUCUGCCAGCAGCCAGUCUCCUCUAUAUAAACGCCGGUUAUGAUCCAUGAGCUCAUUCAGGUGCGCAGAGUCAGAGGAGAGAGAAGCGGCUGCGGCUCAGAUACACGUAAGAACCGUACAUAAAAAUAGGAAUAAAGAGUUUACGCGCAUGAGGAUCACAUGCUGCAUCUGUAGGAUGCCUUUCAGGUACACAUUUGCGUAGCACAUGGAAUCUUCUUGAAAUCGUAUGGGUGCGUAAAGCCGUGCCAUGCAAGGGAACAGCAGCGCGCUGGAGCCGGGUUUAGCCGCGUGUGGACCGUCUCUGGACGAGGGCGAUGCUCUGUCGAACCGGACCGCUUUCCACAACCUGUCUCUCCGCUGCUGGCUGCAGCUGCUCUCCAGAGAGUCUGCGCCGGAGCUCUACGGCGACAGCUCGAACGUGGCCAUGCGCGUCGUGAUUGCGCUCGUCUACCUGAUCGUGUGCGCGCUGGGGCUCGUCGGGAACCUGCUGGCGCUUUACCUGCUCCAGUCGCGCCACAGACUCAAGCAGUCGUCCAUCAACUGCUUCGUCAUGAGUUUAGCCGUGACGGACCUGCAGUUCGUCCUGACUCUUCCGUUCUGGGCCGUGGACACCGCUUUGGACUUCAGAUGGCCGUUUGGAAAGGUGAUGUGCAAGAUCAUCAGCUCGGUCACCACUAUGAACAUGUACGCGAGCGUGUUCUUCUUGACAGCCAUGAGCGUUGCGCGCUACUGCUCCUUGUCCUCUUCCCUGCGGAUGCAAAGUCCCAAAACCGCCUCGGCUGAGGUCAAGUGGGCCAGUUUGGGAAUCUGGAUCGUGUCCGUGGUGGCCACCAUCCCUCACGCGGUUUACUCCACCACUGCACAGGUGUCCGACGACGAGCUGUGCCUCGUCCGCUUCUCGGAUUCCGGAAGCUGGGACCCGCAGCUGCUUCUAGGUCUCUAUCAAACCCAGAAGGUCCUCCUGGGCUUCGUGAUUCCGCUGGUCAUCAUCUGCGUUUGUUACCUCCUCCUGCUGCGCUUCGUUCUGCGGCGGCGCGUCAGUGGAAUCCCCGGCUCGGACAGCGAGAGAGGGCGGCACAAGCGCCGUUCCAAAGUCACCAAAUCGGUCACCAUCGUGGUUCUGUCGUUCUUUCUGUGCUGGUUGCCCAACCAGGCGCUGACCCUUUGGGGGGUGCUCAUCAAAUUCGAUCUGGUGCCGUUCAGCAACGCGUUUUACAACGCGCAGGCCUACGCGUUCCCCAUCACCGUGUGCCUUGCGCACACCAACAGCUGCCUGAACCCGGUGCUGUACUGCCUGAUCCGCCAGGAGUACCGCACUGGCCUCAAGAAACUGCUGUUUAGAGCCACUCCGUCCAUCCGGAACCUGGCCAAGCUGGUGUACCGGAGGAAGAAGGUGGCGGAGGCUCCGCCCGCAGUGUCCGUGGUGCAGAUGGAGAUCGGGAUGUGACCUUACCAACGAGGAUAAAAAAACAAAAAAACACUGAGACUAGUUUGAACUUUUGAAUACAUCUUCGUAUACUUAAGCAACGUGGAUUUGCAAAUAUCAGACAUUGCUGACUUGAAAUAGAAUCGCAUUGGCGCAUAUGAUAGUUACAUCUACAUUACCAGACAAACGUUUGGACGCACUUGUUUCUCACGGUCUCCAAAACUUUUUUUUCUUAAUACCAGGGGCGAUUCUAAGAUUUUGAUUUUAGGGGGGCUCAGCCCCCAAUAAGGGUAUGAUUAAAAAAUAUUAUUUGACUAUUAGGGUAGGGUUGUAUACUACUAACCUUAUUGCAAUCCACUAUUCCAUUGUAUUCCCUGUAUUUCAUAUAUGGGAGUAUAAGUACUGACUGAGCCAUAUACAACACUGUAAAAAAAAACUAAUACAGUUUUUUACAUGUGACCAGUCACUGGAAAAUUUUGAAUUGGGAAUGUAGAUUUUUUUAUUUUUUUUAUUUUUUUUACAAUAAAGACUUCCUGAUUCAGUAUUAGGACAUUCAUGUUUAUCCUUUGAUGAUACCACUGCUUUUUCUUAUGAAAUGUACGUGGAAAUUGGCAGAAAAUUAAAACAACAUAAGGGUUCAAUGACUGCAAUGAAUCUUGGGAAUACAGUGGUAUUGUGUGUGUGAGGCUGUCUGUUCUAUUCUCACCUGACUGUUGCUCAUUUGCAGACCUACUCCCGCAUGACAA